AUGAAGUUGAAAUUAUUGGCAUCGAAGGACUCGCCACCGCUGGCAGCGCUCCUCGCCGUGCACCACGUGGGGGAGGAGUUUCCGGUGAGCGUGGAGUGGGGGGAGACGACGGCCUUGGCGGUGUCGGCCGAGACGACUUUCACGACCCAGGAGUCGAUCUGCCGGUAUGUUGCGAGGCAGGUCCGCGGGGCGUAUCUGUAUGGGGAUGGGGCGUUGAAGAACGCGGAGGUGGAUCACUGGGUGCGGUAUUGCUUGGGCCCACUCUCGAACGAGGAAGCUGAGAAGUGCCUUAAGUACAUCGAUGAUGCGCUACUGCCGGUGCAAUACCUGACGGGGAAUCAGCUGACCAUUGCCGACUUCAUGGUGUGGUCCUACAUUCACGAGAUGAUGCAUUCGAACCCAAAGCUGAACCGCAAGACCAUGCCGGGCAACGUCAUUCGCUGGUACGAAUUCAUCGAGGCCCAGCCAUGGUGCCAAGCGGCAUUGAAGUCCCUGCCGGACGGCGUAGUGGUGGGAAAAAUCAAGCAAGAGAAGCAAGGAAACAAGACCAAAGACGAGGGGAAGUUCGUGGACCUCCCGGGAGCGGAGACGGGCAAGGUCGUGGUCCGCUUCCCACCCGAGGCGAGCGGGUACCUCCACAUCGGCCACGCCAAGGCGGCCCUGCUCAACCAGUACUACCAGAGGAGUUUCAGCGGGAAGCUCAUCAUGCGCUUCGACGACACCAACCCGGAGAAGGAGAAGGCCGACUUUGAGCAGGUCAUCCUGGAGGAUCUCAGGCUCCUCGACGUCACCCCAGACAAGUUCACCCACACGAGCGACCACUUCGACCGGUUGCUCGGGUUUUGCGAGCAACUCCUGCGCGAGGGCAAGGCGUAUGCGGACGACACAGACGCGGAGACGAUGAAGCAAGAGCGAGAGCAGAAAGUCGAGUCGAAAAACCGAAAGAAUUCCGUCGAGAAGAAUCUGACCAUGUGGGAGGAGAUGAAGAAAGGUUCGGCGGCCGGCUUGAAAUGCUGCGUGAGGGCGAAGAUCGACAUGCAGUCGAUGAACGGGUGCAUGCGGGACCCGACGAUUUACCGCUGCAAGAACGAGCCACACGUUCGAACGGGUUUAAAGUACAAGGCCUAUCCUACUUACGAUUUCGCGUGUCCGAUCGUCGACAGCCUCGAAGGCAUCACCCACGCCCUGAGAACGACCGAGUACCACGACCGCGACGAGCAAUACCUGUGGAUCCUGGACCAGCUGGGCCUCCGAAAGCCUCACAUCUGGGAGUUCAGCCGCCUGUGCAUGACCAACACGGUAAUGUCGAAGAGGAAGCUGACCUGGUUCGUCUCCGAGGGGCUGGUGGACGGGUGGGACGACCCGCGAUUCCCGACGGUGAGGGGGGUACUCCGUCGCGGAAUGACGGUCGAGGGGUUGAAGCAGUUCAUCCUGGCGCAGGGAUCGUCCAAGUCGGUGGUCACGAUGGAGUGGGAUAAGAUUUGGGCGUUCAACAAGAAGGUGAUCGAUCCCAUCGCGCCGCGUUACACGGCCCUUCAACGAGGUGUUCUCGUUUCCGUUCACGUGAAGGGGGUCACGGAGGCUCCGAUAUUCGCUCAGCUCCACCCGAAAGACCCGUCGAUCGGGAAGAAGCCGGUGUGGAUCACGCCGAACGUUCUCAUCGAGCAGGAGGAUGCCGACAUGCUGAAGGAGGGCGAGAACGCGACGUUCAUCAACUGGGGUAACCUGAAGAUUCUGAAGCUCCAUAAGACGGACGGGAAGGUGACGAAGGUGGAAGCGGAGCCGAACCUGGAGAACAAGGACUACAAGAAGACGCUGAAGCUGACCUGGCUCGCCGAGACGGACAAGGCGCCCCUGAUCCCCUGCCGGUGCGUGUACUUCGACCACAUCAUCUCGAAGCCGGUCUUGGGCAAGGACGACGACUUCAAGCAGUUCCUCGGGCAGGACACCCGCGUGGAGGUGAUGAUGCUGGGCGACCCGGAGCUCGCCCGUCUCAAGCAAGGCGACAUCAUCCAGCUCCAGCGGAAGGGAUUCUUCAUCUGCGACGUUCCCUACAAGCCCUUCAAUCCGUACACCUCGAAGGAGUCCCCGGUCAUCCUGUUCUUCAUCCCGGAUGGCCACAGCAAGGAGAUGCCGGCCAACAGCGCCUUGAAGAAGCAGAAGAACGCGACGGACGAGAAGGUGAAAAAUGCAGCGAAUUCAUCCGAGGAGCUGGAUGCGAAAAUUCGUGCUCAGGGCGAGAAGGUCCGCAUGUUGAAGUCUUCCAAAGUACCCAAGGAUUCUGUCGACGCCGAGGUGAAGAUCCUGUUGAGCCUCAAGGCCGAAUACAAGGCCUGUGCCGGACGGGAUUGGAAGCCGGACGCCGCACCUCCGCCAACGGCAGCUGCGCCGGCGAACGCCGCGGACCUGGAUUCUUUAAUAAGGGCGAAGGGCGAGCAGGUACGACAGCUGAAGAGCAGCAAGGCGGCGAAGGAGGCAGUCGACAAAGAGGUGAAGGCUCUGCUCGAGUUGAAGGCCCAAUACAAACAGGCGACGGGAGCGGACUGGAAGCCGGAUGCGGCGGCACCGGUGAAGGCGGAUAAGGCCGGUGGUGGAGACGGCAGGAAUCCCGGUGACCCAGCGGACCUCGGUGCCAAAAUCGCGGAACAAGGGGACAAGGUGAGAAAGCUGAAGAGCAGCAAAGCCGCGAAGGAAGCAGUCGGUGCAGAGGUUGCCGUUCUGCUCCAGCUCAAGGCCGCCUACAAGGCCGCGACCGGUCAGGAAUGGAAGCCGACCGUACAACCGACCGACACGACAGCCAAGACGCCAGCCAACGGCGUCGGGGACGUCGACGCACUGAAAGCCAAAGUCGAGGAACAGGGGAACAAAGUGAGGGAUCUGAAGGCGAAGAAGGCCGACAAGGCCACGAUCGACGCCGAGGUGUCGCAGCUCCUCGGACUGAAGGCAGAAUACAAAAAUCUCACCGGAGAGGAAUACUCGGCCGGCCCCCGAACCAAAGAGCAGAAGGAACCGAAAAAAGCCGAUGCGACCCCAAAGAAGCCCGAGCGAACCCCAAAGAAGGCGGAUGCGGCCCCAAAGAAGCCCGAGGCGACCCCGAAGAAGCACGAGGCGACCCCGGAACCCGAUUCCCGCAAGCACCAGACCCGCCUCGGCCUCGAGGCCAAGAAGGCCGAGAACCUCUCGGAGUGGUUCAGCCAGGUGAUCACCAAGUCGGAGCUGAUCGAGUACUACGACGUGAGCGGCUGCUACAUCUUCCGUCCCUGGUCCUUCUCCAUCUGGGAGGAGAUCAAGUCCUUCUUCGACGCGGAGAUCAAGAAGCUGGGGGUGGAGAACUGCUACUUCCCGAUGUUCGUGUCCCACGCGGCGCUGGAGAAGGAGAAGACGCACAUCGCGGAUUUCGCUCCGGAGGUCGCGUGGGUCACGAGGUCGGGUCAGAGCGACCUGGCCGAGCCGAUCGCCAUCCGGCCGACGAGCGAGACGGUCAUGUAUCCCGCCUACGCCAAGUGGAUCCAGUCGUACCGGGAUCUUCCGAUGAGGUUGAACCAGUGGAACAACGUGGUGCGGUGGGAGUUCAAGCACCCGCAGCCGUUCCUGCGAACGAGAGAGUUCCUGUGGCAGGAGGGGCACACGGCGUUCGCGACGCGGGCCGAGGCGGAGGACGAGGUCUACAAGAUCCUGGACCUGUAUCGUCGCGUCUACGAGGAUCUGCUCGCGAUCCCGGUGGUUCCGGGGCGGAAGACGGACAAGGAGAAGUUCGCGGGCGGGGAGUUCACGACGACGGUGGAGGCGUUCGUGUCCGCGAGCGGGCGGGGCAUCCAGGGCGGGACGUCGCACCACCUGGGCCAGAACUUCUCGAAGAUGUUCGAGAUCGUGUUCGAGGACCCGGAGACGGGGGAGAAGCAGUUCGUGCAUCAGAACUCGUGGGGGAUCACGACGAGGACCAUCGGGGUGAUGGUGAUGGUGCACGGGGACGACACGGGGCUGAUCCUGCCGCCGCGGGUCGCGUGCGUCCAGGUCGUCGUCGUCCCGUGCGGCAUCACGGCGGGAAUGAAGGAGGAGGACAAGGCGAAGCUUUUGGAGAAAUGCGCGGAAUACGAACGCCGGUUCCGCGAGGCCGGGAUCCGGUCGAAGGGCGACUACCGCGACAACUACUCGCCGGGGUGGAAGUUCAACCACUGGGAGCUGAAGGGCGUCCCGUUGCGAUUCGAGGUCGGACCCCGCGACGUCCGCCAGGGUCAGUUCGUCGCGGUCCGCCGGGACACGGGAGAGAAGAUCACCGGGCAGGAGAAAUCCGCCAUCGAGGAGGUCGAGAACAUCCUCACCGCGAUCCAAGCGAACCUGCUGAAAAGAGCCAAAGACGACCUGGACUCCCACAUCGUCCUCACCGACGACUGGCAGGACUUCUGCUCCCAACUCGACCGGAAGAACCUCCUCCUCUCCCCCUUCUGCGGCGACGGGGACUGCGAGGACCGCGUGAAGAAGGAGAGCACCCGCGACGAGGCCCAGGAGCCAGGCGCCCCCGCCAUGGGAGCCAAGAGCCUCUGCAUCCCCUUCCGGCAGCCGAGGGACCUCGCUCCGGGGGCCAGAUGCAUCCACCCGGCCUGCACGCGGCAGCCGCGGUUCUACACGCUCUUCGGGAGGAGUUACUGA